CAAGCUCUUUGCACUCAGCAGAGCUCGGAGAGGCACCGAGCUUCCACAGCGCACCAGCCAUGGACCUUCUGACCGGGGAGCACCAGUGUGGCCCCUACUGCCUGAGAGCUUGCACUUUGGAUGUAAGACCUGCAUUUGUGGAGGAUCUAGUGCCAGAAGACAGAGAAGGCUACUCAGUGGAAGGAGGAGGUCUGAGCUUCAUGGGUAACAUCAAUUACGUGAACCUCCUCAACCUGGGCUACUGGAACCAAGGAGGCGCCUGGAACCGCCAGCGUCGCAAUGGCCACCAGGAGCCAAAGCAGGAGCCAGCUGAGGAACCAGCUGAGGAGCCAGCUGAGGAGCCAGCUGAGGAACCAGCUGAGGAGCCAGCCGAGGAACCAGCUGAGGAGCCAUCUGAGGAACCAGCUGAGGAGCCAGGCUUGGUGGUGGCUGUCGCCCAGGCCGAGCAGCCGGAGAGCCCACCGCGCCGUCGCAGGCAGAACAGGAAGUUCACGGCCCUGCAGCUGCGGGAGUUGGAGGACCUCUUCCAGGAGACCGAGUACCCGGACUUACUCACCAGAAGGGAGAUUGCAAGACGCUUGGGUGUGACUGACACCAGAGUGCAGGUUUGGUUUAAGAAUAGAAGAGCCAAGAGUCGGAGAAAUGAGAGAGCAGCCGUGGUUCAAGCUCCACCACCUGCUGCCAUGAGGCGCCUUUACCUCAUCCUGGAUGCGCCCUAAGAUCCCGUCCUGGUUCUGGAGCCAUAUUGGAGAUGGGUUCCUCUGGUGCCACUGACACCUGGGCUGCCCGUGCUGCCCAUGCCACCCAUACCUCCUCUACUUGUAUUAGCAAUAAAGAGACAAAUUCUCAAUA